AUGAAGCGGCCACUGAGCCCCUCCCCCCCGGGUGAGAAGGAGCCCCCCAUAUCUGGAGCUACGGAGUGCCCCCCUCGGCCCCCAGAACUGCCUAAGCCCAAGCGCGAAAGAAAGCGGCCGUCCUACACGCUCUGCGACGUCUGCAACAUCCAGCUGAACUCGGCAGCCCAGGCCCAGGUGCACUGCGGGGGGCGUGCCCACCAGCGGCGGCUAAGGCAGCUCAGCUUGGGGAAGACCCCUGCCGGGCCAGCAGGCCCAGCCUCCAGUGCCCCCAGCCCCCUGCUGGCCUCCCUGCCCCUGCCUGCCAGGCCUCUGCAGCCCCCGCUGGACUUCAAGCACUUGCUCGCCUUCCACUUCAAUGGCGCCACCCCGCUCAGUCUCACCCCCAACUUCAGCACGAUGGACCCGAUCCAGAAAGCUGUCAUCAGCCACACGUUUGGGGUCCCCUCCCCUCUGAAGAAGAAGCUCUUCAUUUCCUGUAACAUCUGUCACCUGAGGUUCAACUCAGCGAACCAAGCCGAAGCACAUUACAAAGGCCACAAACACGCCAGAAAACUCAAGGCUGUCGAAGCUGCCAAGAGCAAGCAGAGGCCACAAACCCUGGCCCAGGAUGGGGUGCUGGUGUCCCCAACCCCGACUUCAGCCAGUGGAUCCCCAGGAGAGCCGCAGAACAAAGCAGUUCCUGAGGCCCUUCUUCCUGGACCCCAACACCAGCCACCGCUGACUCUGGACCCCACGCCCAGGGAGCCGGCCCACUCAGACCUCUUGGAUGCUGCCUCCUCUUCUUCUUCCUCCUGCCCACCCUGCUCCCCAGAGCCUGGGAGAGAGGCGCCAGGGCCUGAGCCAGCAGCUGCUGCUGUGGGAACUGGUGUGAGUGUGGAGGGCAGGAGCGAGAAGGGGCGCCUCUAUUGCCCCACGUGCAAGGUGACAGUGAACUCUGCCUCCCAGCUUCAGGCUCACAACACAGGAGCCAAGCACCGUUGGAUGGUGGAAGGUCAGCGAGGUGCUCCCCGAAGGGGCCGGGGCCGCCCAGUUCCCCGGGGAGCUGGACACAAGGCCAAGAGAGUGGCAGGGGGCCAGGGGGGCCGACAGGGGCCCAGCCCUCCUUUUCACUGUGCUCUGUGUCAGCUCCAAGUCAAUUCAGAGACCCAGCUCAAGCAGCACCUGAGCAGCAGGAGACACAAAGACCGCCUGGCUGGGAAGCCCCCCAAGCCCUCCAGCCAGCACAGCAAGCUGCAGAAGCAUGCCGCGCUGGCUGUGAGUGUCCUCAAGUCGAAACUGGCCUUGCAGAAGCAACUCACCAAGACGCUGGCGGCCCGCUUUCUGCCCAGCCCGAUCCCGGCCGCAGCUGCUGCCAUCUGUGCCCUGCCAGGGCCCCUGGCCCUCCGGCCUGCUCCCACAGCAGCCACCACCCUCUUCCCAGCUCCCAUCCUGGGCCCAGCUCUGUUUCGUACCCCAGCUGUCCGCCCUGCCACAGGGCCCAUUGUCUUUGCCCCCUACUAG